AUGGCAUCUAUUAAUGAUUCUAUUGUUGAUGAACAUUGUCAUCUUCUUGUCGAUUAUCUCAAUAAAGUUCUUAGGCAUCCAAAGUUUCGUGCACAUCCAGCAACGUGUGAAUUUUUCGAUGUAAGUUGUUUAUCCUUCAUUCAUGGUUUAUCAGUUAGCCGAAAAGAAGGUUAUCUAUUGGAAAAAUCGAAUGAUUAUCAUUGUGAUCACGGUGCUUUCUUUCAUUCACGAUAUUCUUGUAAUUUAUGCAAAUGUCAUGAUGGUCCAAAAUGGUUUGUUAUUAAAGAUAGUUAUAUAGUUGAUAUACAACCAGAUAUACACGAAGUAUGUUUUCCUAUGUUAGUUGAUCGUGGGUUUCAAGUUUUAACUGGUAUUCAUAAUACUGGUCAUAAUAAUAGUAUUAAAAUAAAAAAUUUACAACGUACAUUAGUUAUUAAAUGUUCAACAGCACUUGAUUGUGAUGAAUGGACACAACAUUUAUCAAACUUAAUUGAACAAGCAAAAGAUUUUGUCAGUGCACUACAAAGUCGAUUUAAUUCAUAUGCACCUGUUCGAGAAAAUCAAUUAGCUUAUUGGUUUAUUAAUGGUAAAUCAUACAUGGAAGCUGUCGCUAAAGCACUUUUAACUGCUAAAGAAGAAGUUUUUAUUACUGAUUGGUGGCUUUCACCUGAAGUUAUGUUGAUUAGACCAACAGAUGAUGAAACAUUUCGACUAGAUAAUAUACUAGGAAGAAUAGCUGUAAAAGAUGCAGGAGUUCGUGUUUAUGUGAUGCUUUUUAAGGAGAUGUCAUUUGCUUUAGGUUUAAAUAGUUUACAUACAAAAAAAACUUUAGUUUCUAAAAGUAAAAAAGGAUUUAUUAAAGUUAUUCGACAUCCCAAGUAUAAUACUAAGGAUGGACUACUUUUGUGGUCUCAUCAUGAAAAAACGGUUGUUAUCGAUCAAAAGAUUGCCUUCGUUGGUGGAAUUGAUUUAUGUUAUGGCCGUUGGGAUGAUGAACAUAUGCGUCUUGUCGAUUUGGGUGAUAAAAAUGAUACAAAAUUGAAAUCUCCGUUUGAUAUAGCUGCAGAAAAUGUAGCAUCAGGUGGCAGAGAAACUGUAGAAGCAGCACAAAUAACUACUAUGCAAAUGGCUGAACAAGCUGGUAAAACAUCUAUUAAGACAGGAAUAAAAGAUGAUGAAGACUCUGAUGAUGAAAAAAUUCUUGAAGAACAACAACCAAUUAUUAAUACAACACCUGAACUUGAUAGAAAACAUCGAUAUUUUAUUGGAAAAGAUUAUGCGAAUGCAUAUGAAAAAGAUUUUAAAGAACUUGAAGAUUUCAGGUCAGAUUAUAUUAUACGAACAUUAGUACCACGUAUGCCAUGGCAUGAUGAAGCAUUAGUUGUAUUUGGUCAAACGGCUCGAGAUGUUGCAAGACAUUUUAUUCAACGAUGGAAUAUUCAUAAAUGUGAAAAAUAUCUGAACAACAAUCUUUAUCCAUUUCUAUUACCUAAGUCUUACGAUGAUGUUGAAGACUUAGCUGUUGAAAACUGGAGAGAUUUUCUUGAAGGGCAACCAUUUCGUGUAAAUGCUCAAUGUGUUCGAUCAGUUGGACCAUGGUCAGUGAGAACAAAAUCAAUGGAAUCAUCGAUUCAUAAUACUUAUAUACAAAUGAUUGAUGCUGCUAAACAUUUUAUAUAUAUUGAAAAUCAAUUCUUUAUUACUAUUGCUCAAGAUUCAGUGGUUCAAAAUCAAAUAGCUGAUGUUCUUUUUCGACGUAUAGAACGAGCGCAUAAAAAUGCUGAAAAAUUUCGUAUUUAUGUUGUUCUUCCUCUUUUACCUGGUUUUGAUAACACGAAUGCUGUACAAGCUGUACUCUAUUUUAUUAUGCGUUCGAUCAUUAAAGGCGAUAAUUCAUUACUUAAACGACUUGAAAAAGCAUGUAUUCCACCAAAGGAUUAUAUUAAUUUUUUUGGUAUGCGUCACCAUGACAUCCUAAUGGGCCGUCUAGUAACUGAAAUAAUAUAUGUUCAUUCAAAAUUAAUGAUCAUUGAUGAUCGCAUGGCUAUAUGUGGUAGUGCAAAUAUAAAUGAUCGUUCAUUAGUUGGUAAUCGUGAUAGUGAAUUUUGUGUUGUAAUAAAUGAUAUUGAAGAAGAAGAUGGUCGAUUCAAUAGACAGCCAGUUCGUGUAGGAAAAUUUUGUUCUAGUUGGCGUAAAAAGAUCUUUGAAAUGCUAUUAGGUAUUCAAUUCGAAAAUCCAAAUAACAUUGAUGUAACUGAUCCAGUGUCAGAUGAGUUUUAUUCUUAUUUUCAAGAUGUAGCAAAACAAAAUACACUCAUUUAUGAAGAAGUUUUUGCUACAAUCCCAACUGAUCACACUAGAACAUUUGCUCAAGUUACUGCAUAUAAUGGCAUGGCUAAGAUGAAAGAUACGGAUCCAAUAAAAGUAUAUAUGCGAAUGCACAAAUUUCGUAGUUUUUGA